GCACAUGCGCAGAACAACAGCAUGCUUGUUAUGUCUCACGAGUGGGCACAAUACGUAUUUUUGCAGUUAAAAAUGUUUAUUUUGAUUUAAAAUAUUGAUUAUGCUGCAAAACAUGUUCGAGUCAUGUAAAGCGUCUGCUUUGAAAAAGUUUGAACAGCUCCUAGAUGCGUGUUUACACAGCGCAUGCUCACGCUAAAAAUAGCCGGAAGUCCACAUUUAACCAAGAAAAAUAAUUAAUUCCCUCUAAAAUAGUAAACACAGUCACUUGUACAUGAAGAAGCGUUAAGAUGCCUGGCUUUGAGUUGGAGCAGGUGGGGGGUGGCAGUCCUAUAGAUCUGCCCUAUGGAGAGAAUAUCCUGGGAAGAGGACCAUUUUUAGGUGUAAAUGAUAAGAGGGUGUCCAGAAACCACUGCAUACUGGAGAACCAGAAUGGUCAACUGCGCCUGAAGCCCACACACCUGAAUCCAUGUUUUAUUCAGACGAGCAUUGUGGCUGACCCACAACCGCUGGAGAAGGACGUCUGGCACUUUUUGCGCGAAGGUGACGUCUUCUCUCUCAUGCCUGGAAGGUACAUUUACAGAGUGCACGUCAAGCAAGAGGAUAAAACCCCCAGAAACAGUCAGGGGUUUGAUGAGGAGAUGGAGGAGGAGAAGUGUUUGCUUGGAUCAGUAGAGAUCUCUGAAUACUCAUCCACACAUCAGGGCGAGAAAGACACGCCCAUUACCCAGAGUUCCACUCUCACAGGAAGUCAAACACAGGACGCUUCUUCACACACCCAUUUCUCUCUUGAUGAGGCGCCUGCACUGCCACAGAAGAAGCGCAUCUUGCCAGACUGGAUGAUGGCUUGCGGUUCAGCUGGUAAAAGCCCAUCAUGUGCCAAAGGUGAUGGCAAAGCUGUGAGAGGGACCCCAAAACAACCCAAGCGAGCAGCUACACCCAAAGUGGCAACCGAAUUCAAGCGGCCACGUGCUGAACGUGUGUCCUCUGAGGAAGAGGAGGAGGAGAUGCCGAGGAGGAAGGCAAAGAGAUUGAAGAGUGACUCUGAAGACGAGUUGGGUGAUGCACCAGUACUAAAGAGCACAAGAGUCGGAUCAGUCCAUGACGGGACGAGCGGCGAAUCCGACAGCACCGGAUUGAUGGAGCGUGAAAAUGGGAGGACAAAGGGAGACGUCAGGGGAGCAAGAGCUCAAUCUGAAGAUUCGCAAACACAAGAUUCCAGUAACCUUCAGGUCGAUCAGGGACCUUCGCAGCAGGGGUCAAAGGUCAAAGAGUCUGAAAGCAAAACAAGCAUUAGAAUGGAGAAGAAACGGCGAAGGACGCCUUGUCCUUACGGCAGCUCCUGUUACAGGAAAAAUCCUCAGCAUUUUCAGGAAAGCAGUCAUCCUGGAGACAGUGACUAUGAGGAAGAGGAGACAGAAGAUGGCGAGGAUGAUGAGAGGCCAGAGUGCCCGUAUGGGACUCACUGCUACAGGAAGAAUCCACUUCACAAGAAAGAGUACAAACACACAAAAUCUCCACCCAAGAGUCCUGCUGAUGAUGAUGAUGAAGAUGAAGAUAAGUACGACGCAAGUUUUAUUAACGAUGACAGCGAGGAAGAGGAUGUUGAUGAAGACUCGGAGUACGUGCCAGAAUCAGACGACAGCGGAAAAGAGGACAUUAAACGCCUACAAAAGGAGGCGAAAGCGUUUGUAAGGAAAAAAAAAUAACAGGCGUAUACACAGACACUUUUUUUGCCUUAUACGUCUGAUACACAACGUCACUCUCUUCAAUUGCUAACAUAGCUUGACAAAAUAUCCUUUUAGUUUCAAGCAAACUUUUAUUUUUACUAACAUAUAUGUUUUUAUAGAGUGUGCAGUUUUAUGAAAGAGUUUAUGUUUAUUGUAUGCAUUUAGUUAAUAAUAAUUGUGUGUGGUUUAUAUUGACUUGACCCGUACAUUCUUUCCAGUCAUCCAUUGAAAACAUCUUUAAAAACAUACAGGUAGGCUAUCCUAGUUAGUUGAGGGACAAACGUUUUAAAGUAAAAUUGCUAUGAUUGAUACUUUUAUCAUCUAACAUUUACUGAUUUAUGGCUUUGGGAAUUUGGUGGCUUCUUGGAAGUCUGCAUAAAUGCGCUGCCUGCCUUUUAGAUAAAGCUUCGCAAACCCAACAGCUUCCAAAACGAAUUGUAGCCAAAACCCCGCAGGCUGGCGAUUUCUCGAAUGGUUGAUAAAGUGAUUUUCUGUGAGCGAGUAAAUGGAGAGAAAAGCAAACACAUCUUACACAGGAAAUCAACGAGUUUCCACUCUUUCCAAACCAAUCUGAGAGUUCAGAAUUCGCACAAACUGUUCAGAGGACAGAAAAAUACAGUACAGCUAACAUCCGCUUUUCAGAAGAUGAGCUGUUGAACUAAACAAAUGAAAAAAUAGGCGUAAGCAGAUGUUCGCCAAUGCAUGGGUGGUCCGCUUUUACAUAACUACAGUGCAUUGUUGCAUUACUGUGGCAGGGACAAGAUUUGGUCAAUUUUACAGCAUUAUUAUCUCCAUAAGCGACUCUUACAGCACUUACAAUGGGUAAAGUCGAGCUUGCGUAACUAGAAGGGAUCAAGUUCACAUGAAACGAAUGCUUGGAAGGACUUCAUACAGGAUAUAAAGUUUUAUGUCAUGUCUUUUUUGUACUCUGGAACAUCAAUUUUACACACUUUGUUCAAAGAAAGAUCGCCAGCAAAUGUGACAUCUGAUUUAGUAAUACUUUAUGUGCGUAUUACACCUUAAAAAAAUACUGGGUUUUUCCAAAACGGGACAAAUAAAAUAUCAAGAACAUUUUUAUAUAUUUGACCCAACAAUGGGUUAAAACAACCCAGCGUAGGUUAUAAUACAAUAUUUGUCCCUUUUUGACCCAACACAAGGUUGAAAAAAACCCACUUUUUUGUCUUGUUUGUAGUUUGGUGUAUUUUUAUAUUAUUUUUUUAAAAAAGUGAACGCUAAACUUAAUUGCACUUUUUUUAGAUUUUGAAAUUACUUAGUACUUAGCCCAGGACCAUAAUUUAUAUAAACCAGUUUAUGGGCUCCUACUGUUUAUUUUAUGCUUGUGUGAUGUGUUUUCUUUAAAUAAAUCACAUAGUGGAAAAA